UCGGGGGGAGGUGUAUGGCGGAAGUGCAAGUGGAUCAUCGGGUAACGCUCGAGCUUCAAUAAUCUCACACAAUUACACACAGACAUCGAACAUGACCCUCAACAAGAAUCAUUCAGAAUCAGGAGGAGUUAUCAUCAACAACAGCGAAAGUUUGUUGAUGUCAUAUGAGAAUGUGGAGCUGGCGUUCAACGACACCGAUUGUUUGCCAGAACCUUUCAGAAAAAGCAAGAAGGGGAGCGUCUUCUUGACACCUUACAGGGUGAUCUUCUUGACGAAAGGGAAGGACCCUCUUCAGUCUUUUAUGAUGCCCUUUUACCUUAUGAAAGGCUGUGAGGUCAAACAGCCUGUACUCGGUGCCAACUACGUUAAGGGCACAGUCAGCGCCGAACCUGGGGGUGGCUGGGAAGGUUCUGCAUCCUUCAAGAUGAUCUUUAAUGCUGGAGGAGCGAUUGAGUUUGGACAGUACAUGCUACAGGUGGCUGCACAGGCAUCCAGAGGGCAGCCGGUGACUGGCAAUUUCGGCUGUCCAUACAUGGCGAACGGAGCGUAUGCUUACCCACCCCCUCCACCUGCUAAUGGCAUGUAUUCAGCGGCACCUCCGCCCCCUGGAUAUGACUACCCUGGACCUCCUCCACCAGUAGGUGGAUUUUACUCCAACCCUGGAUUCGAUGGACCAGCUGCCUACAUGCCACCUCCCCCAUAUACAGCUCCAAUGGACCAGGCUCCUCUGGACCCAGGCCUGCCCAGAACCCCUGCAGCGGAGGCAAAAGCAGCUGAAGCUGCAGCGAGUUCUGGCACAACAACUUUUGCCCCAACACGGGUCUACUUGCCAGAGGACAAACCUCCCCCCUACUCUCCACCUGAAGACAAAAAGAACCAGUAGACAUGUCUGCAACUAGCACAUGUCCUAACCUCCUCUCCUCAUUCCCUUCAUUUCACCCUCUCUCUCUCUCUCACAUCAUCUCCUGCAGCAGUUAUCACCCACUGGCAGACUCCCCAUGAGCCUGAAUGCAGUGACGGAGGGCUCCACUAGGGGGCAGAGUGCUCUGCAGUAAUAUCACCUGUCCUAGUAACAAAAGAGAGAUCAAUCAAAGCAAGUUCAGUGAAUUCAAAGCUUGUUAAUGAGAGGGAUUUUGAUGACUGUUUGCUUUCCAGACGUGAAGCAAUACAACAGUAAACGAUUGAGCUUUUCAUUUCAGCUAUUUGAAUUUGAAAAAUAGUGUGUGUGGGAGUUGUUGACAACUUGACAGCAGGUUGAUUUUGAAUAGAUUGAUUUAACGAGUUAAACACAAGCAAUGAGGAUGUUUAAAGUGUUUGGGAAAGGCCAAAAAAACAGGAAUUAUUCAGAGGCAUUCACACUGUCAACAAAUCCUGCAACCAAGCGAUUAGAAGUCAUUCAUUUACAGAGCGUGUUGGAUACAUGGGGUUCAAACCCGUGACACCUCGCACUCAAACUAAAAGGUUCACAUCCAACCACUUAUCAAAUGAAAUCCUGGGACUUACUGUCGUUAACAAAUGAAGAACCGCACUUGAAACGUUGUCAGUGUGAACGCCCCUUUACUGCGCAUUCCUUCAAAUGCAUCGCAUAUUUAAACCUGUUACUGUGUGCUGUGAAUCUGUUUUAACCCAGCAGCACCUUGACAAAGACUAUAUUGUGUUUAUCAUACUAUACUGUACCGUACAUUCUGAUAAAGCUUGUUUGAGAUCCCUGCA